AUGCGUUUGAUAAUAAUUUUAAUAUUUUUAUUCCAAUUAUGUCAAACCUACAAAGUUCUAGUUUUCAAUCCUGCUUUUGGUGCCAGUCAUUCAAAUUUUCUAGGAAAAAUUUCUGAUAUUUUAAUUGAUGCUGGAAAUGAUGUGGUAAAUAAUUUUGAAUUUUUUAUUGAAGUUCAAUUUUCCUGAAUUUUCAGACUAUGCUAAUUCCAGUAUAUAUGAAAAGUAAAUCACAUUUGGUAGGCUCAAAAAAGGUGAAAAAUAUAUUCAAAAUAGAUUUGGAUCCAAGAGCAGAAGAAAUGCUCCAAUAUUCUCAAGCAGAUGAAUUGAUGAGGAAAAAAGUUUGGGAACCAGUUUCUGAUUUAUCACUUUUGAUUCCGAUUCUGAAAAAUUUCACUGGUGCAGCUGGACAUCAAUGUGAAUUUAUAAUGCAACAUUCUGAAAUUCUGGAAAAAUUGAAAGCUGAAAAGUUCGAUCUUGCAAUUUCCGAAUCGAUUUAUUUAUGUGGUUUAGGUCAGUGUUAUGAUUUUAAAAUUUUUAAAUAAAAUAAAAUUGCAGUUGUUUUCGAUCAAAUUGGUAUAAAAACUACAAUAAGUGUUGAUUCAAUGGUUUUCCAAGAUAUUGUGAAAUAUUCGAUUGGAGAGCCAUCUUCAACAAGUUUUUAUCCAAAUUUAGUUUCCCCGGAUUCCGAUGAUAUGUCGAUAUUUGGAAGAGCAAAAAAUAUGGCUGGGUUUUUAUUUUCACUUUAUUUUGGAAGAUGGCGAUAUUUAUCCGAACUCGAAGCUAUAAAUUCAACAAAAACUUGGUUUGAUUAUUUGGAUAAUGUUGCCUACAGUAUGAUUAAUUCUAAUCCAUAUAUAGAUUAUCCUUCUCCAAUUUUACCAAAGACUGUGUUUAUUGGUGGAAUGCAAGUUACAAAAUCACACAAAUUAGAAGAAGUAGGAAUUUAUAUUCGAAAAUUAUUCGAAAUGUCAUAACUGAAUUUUUUCCAGAAAUGGGACGAUGUUCUAAAUCUGCGUUCUAAAACUAUAUUGAUAUCUUUCGGAACUCAUGCUUAUUCUUCAGAUAUGCCUGAAAAAUAUAAAAAUCAAUUUCUGAAAAUAUUUGAAGCUAUGCCAGAUGUUACAUUUAUUUGGAAAUACGAAAUUGAAAAUUCUACAAUAGUUGAUCAUUUGCCAAAUGUUGUUCUAACAACUUGGAUGCCUCAAAUUGAUCUUUUGGCUGACGAGAGAUUAUCUCUUUUUGUAACUCAUGGUGGAUUGGGAAGUAUUAUCGAAUUGGCAUAUUCUGGGAAACCAGCAAUUGUUAUUUCAUUAUUUGGAGAUCAACAUCGAAAUGCUCAUAUGUUAACAAGACAUGGUGGAGCAAUUGAAUUACAGAAAAAUGAAAUUGGAAUUGAUAAUGCUAUUUUUAAUGCAAUUCAAAAAAUUCAACAAGAUCCAAUUUAUGAACAAAAUGCGAAAAAAUUGGCCAAGAUUUUGGAAUCUCAACCGAAUUCACCAAAAGAAACUGUUUUGAAACAUUGUGAUUUUGCUGUCAAAUUUGGAUCUCUCGAUACAAUAAAAUCAAAAGGACGAUUGUUGAAUUAUGUACAGUAUAAUAAUAUUGAUGUUUUAUUUUUAUUUAUAACUUUGAUCAUUCUAGUCAUUCUCUUGAUAAUUUUCAUUAUACGGUUUACAAUUUGGAUAAUCAGAAAAUGUUUGAACAAAUAUAGAAGAAUACCAAAUUCUUGAUCUCAGAAAUAUUUUGAUUGUAAACUUAUCGUGUAAAGUGUUGUUAUAUGCUUAUGCCCACCUAGUCUUCCACUUAUUCUUUGAACAAACAUGAUUUUUGAAAUUUAGUUAUUCUCAAAAGUAAUCUAAAAAUAAACUUUUGUCUAUUUGUUCUUCCUUCCUUGCACCUGCAAAAAAAGAAGCAUUCUUUUUCUCCAAAAAAAUCUUUCUAGUAAUUUCAGAAAAAUAUUUACGACCUCUCAUAAAAUUUGGAGGAACCUGUUUUUUUCAGAGGUCUUUUUUUCUCAAAACAAUUGCAUUUUCAGUUGAAAGAAGAAGAAUUUCACAAAUUUUACUUAAGUAAUCCUUGUUCUACGCAACUCCGUUCCAACCUAAUCCGAUUGUAAACACCACUUUUUUCGAAGCAUACGAGAAAAAAAGGUUUUUACUUACUUUUCUCAAAAAACAAACAAGGUUGGACAUUCGUUUAACUUCUCAUUUUUUGUUUUAGUGAGAAGAAGAAGAACAAGGUGAUAACGAUGUGUUAUCCAAUUGAACCACCAAAUGACAGGUUAGUUUUGGGAAUUUAAAAUUUAUUGAGACCUUGUGGCCUCAUCUACGAUCAUAUCAAAGUUUAGAUCAGCUUUAAAUUUCCAAUCAAGUUACAGUAUCCCUAACCAAUUGUCAAAAAAAAUAAUUUAAAUAAAUAAUCCAAGAGUUGGGGUUUUGAGACAACGUUAGAAGUUGCGACAACAGUUUAGGCAAAAAAUAUAAGAUCUCAAUAUUCAUGUCGUCUGAAAACAGUAAUUCUGGAUUUCUGAACACUCAAUUGGUAGAAUAUCUUAUUUUAAUAUAAAUUAUUGAUGACAGAAAAUCACAGCUGCGAAAGCAAAAAGCCACGUGUCACCUCCUCAUUUUUAAUCAUAUUUCUAAAUUUUCCAUUUUUGCAUAUAGUUCUUUCUGUCCGUUCUCCAUUUUUGUUUUUCAUUCUCUGUCUCUCUAUUUUCUUUUUUCUUUUCUCCCGCUCUAAAAUUUUCUUUUGAUUAUUCAAUCACCAAAAAGAUGAUCAUAUUAUUAUUAUUAUUUUAUACAAUUCUCUUUCAUUAAACUUUUGGGUCAAACUUUUCUCUCGUUUACUCCACAAAAAAUAGCUGAUUAAUUUUGUUGGCAAACAUUCGAGUACUCCUUCUGUAAAUAAGACAUUUUUUCUUCCAAUUUUUUGUUUUUUUUUUUUGGUUGAUUGUGAGAAGAGCAGACAAAAAGUUUUUUCGAAUCCAAAAUUCAUGACUCAUAUAAAUACAUUUUUUAUUUUAUUUUCAUUUUUUGCAAAAAAAAAUAAUGUUCAUAACAUUUUAUGAAUCAUUUCAACCAAGAUUUAGAAUUUUCUCAAAUAAAAAUGUGUCUUAUCACAUGUUCCACCCAAUUAAAUUAUACUUAUCACAUACAUUUUCAUAUCAUUUUUCAGUGUAAAACUUUAUCCUCCUCAAAAAAUUUCUACCUCACAUUAGAACCAGUUUUCUUCGCUUUGAUAUUUUUCAUCCAACAUUAAAAAAUUCUCAGCUUUUUCUUUUUCGUGUCGUCAUGAGUGAGAUUUGAAUAAAAAUAUCCUAUUUCAUUUUCUUCCGCCAAAUUUUUUCUCACACCCAUUUUUUCUCGCCCUUUCUUUCUACAGCCGUCAAUCACAAACAAAAGACUGCCCAAAACAUUUUUUUUUCGUUGGCGCGCUUUUUUUCGAAUAACAUUUUGUCGUCCUCUUCAAAAAUAUUUUCAGUGGGUCGCGGAAUUUUUUCUGAAAUGAAACAUAAUAAAUAAAUUGGCAAUGUUUAUUGAAGUGAUUCAGAAAAAAAACCACAAAAAAGAAGCGCCCCAAUUUUUUUCUUCAUAAACAAAAGACAUUUUUUCGCAUGUUCUGUUUUUUCCUUAUUUUUUUCAUUCUGAUGAUUAUUAGAGCUGUUUUUUAGGAAAUGGUAUCUAGAAAUGUACUUUUACUUGAUCGAAAUCUAAUUUUCGGAAAACCUCGAAAUCAAAUUUAUUUCUCUUUGUUUUAGUGUGGAUUUUUUGAAGGUGUACGCAUUUUCUGAGAAAACACAUUUUGCUAGUUGUAUUUCUGUACUUUGCUAUGUUUCAAUGAGCUGAUCUACAGAUUUUUAAAUUUUUGAUAGGUUCUGAUAGAUUCCGUAAAAACUUGAGAUCAUUGGAAGUUCUAAAAAGUCCACAACCUAAAUUUUGAGAACCUGAAUAACUUUAUUCGUAAGAAGUUUUGGGAAAUUAUAGAAUUGAGACUCCUGGAAUAAAUCUUCCAAAAAGUUAGGGAUAUCAGAAAAUUCAGUUCAAACAAGUUUCUAAACUUCGCCACGUCAUAACUUUUUCACUAAUGAUAGAUCUCCACCCUGGAAAAUUGUGCUUGUUUAAAUUCCACAUCCCAGAUCUUUUUUUUUCCAGAAAAAUGGGCCUUGACACUUCACUUCUCAAAAGUGUUCUCGAACAAUUUGUGGAUGAAAUCGGAGAAGAAUCCUCUGAUCUAAUUGUUGAUCGUCCUCGUUUUGCACACGCUGUUAUUGUUGUAGCCGACGAAGAAAAUGGCGAAUUUUGCCAGGCAUCUUGCAUUCGACAACUCGAUGAAAUUGUACUUCACGAAACACAUGUUGCAAAUGUGUAAGUUUUUUGAAGCGCUGAUUUAUUAGCUAUUGUUCACAGUUAUUUAUUUUCCACAUGUUGUUUUUAGGGAAGCUGAAUGGAUGGAUGAAGAAAUUCAAAGAGCACUUCGUGAAUUGAACGAAUCAAAAGAUAUGUUGGAAACUCCAAGAAACAGUGUCUUCGUUGAAGAAACUCAAACACAAACACAAAAAACAUCAAGCAGAACAACAAGUUCAACAAAAACAUCAACAACAACGACAACUUCAAAUUUGGGAACUGGUUCAAGAUAUGAGGUAUGGUUUAACUAAAAGGUCAUCUUGAUCCCAGAUCCCAUGGUCUAAAAUAUAGUAUUGUAUUUCAAUGAUAUUCAUUUCAGUUUCCAUCAAUGUCUCGUGCUCGUUCAACUUCUGCUGCUCGCCGUCAACGUCAAUUCCAUUAG